AUGCCAGCUGGCAAAGCCGCUGGAAUGGGAAAAUCCAAAAGACACACUGCUGAUCAGCGGCUUGGUGGUUCAAAUCGUAAGCCCACUGUUGCACAGAGCGUUUCCGCGAAGGAGGUGCCCGUGGACAAAGCCUUGCCCGGAAUCACUUCACAGGUGGAGUAUCCUUCCCUACAGGCGGCUUCCAAUGAAAGCUCUCCAGGAUUGGUGCAAAAUGCACAGAGGGCUCCCGCAGAUGCUUCGACUAGUUCAGUGAAGGCGGACAAUCAAACUGUGACUGCGAUCAUGGAUCAAAUUGAGAAGAAGGUGGAAGCCAUGCGACCUCAGAGGGAGCAGCUAAAGCGCUGCAUUGAGGCUUGCCUCUGCGACGCGCUUGCGGGCCACUCUCUAGAGGUGGUAGGCAGCACGGCCUGGGGUGGCGAAGUUCCGCAGUCUGAUCUGGACCUGGUCCUUGUGACACCGUCGUCGAACUUGGACCCGCCACAGGCGCUGGUGCUGCUUCAAUCUUUGCUCACGAAGUUGGAAAGUCAGGCUGAGGGAGAGCGUGCGUGGGCACGCUUGGAGCUGGUGGAAGCAAGGAAAGUCCCACUUCUUCGUCUCUACGAUCGAGCUGGUUUAUCUUGCGAUGUGGUGGUUGAUCAGCUUCAUGCUCUUGAACAUCGCAAGUUGCUUGUGGAUGCCUUGGAAGGCCGUCCAGAGGUGAAGCGCUUCAUUCGGCUAGUGAAGUACUGGCUGCGACAGCGUGGACUUCCAGUGGGGUCGGAGGGUGGUCUGCCAUCCUUCGCGUGGGCUUACAGUGCCCUGCAGCUGGCCUUGCAACUCCCAGGAUCCUCCGUUGAACAACUCUUGUUCUAUUUCUUCAAGCAGCUGAAUUUGCUCAGUUCAAUGUCCUUGCUAGUACAAAAGAAGGCGGAUGGUGCAAAGGUCGCGUGGAAGUCAAGGAAGGGUCCGGCUCCUUGGUCACAGGAGUGGAUCGAGUUCAUUUGGGUGGAAGAUCCCACACGAAAGCCUUCGGUGAGCCCCAAACCGCACAGCGCACCUGUUCGCCUCCUGGGCGAUUAUGCAAGCGACGGGGAGGAGUGUGAUGAGGAUGAUCCCCUCAAGGACGGCUUCGCCGCGCGGCAAGCCAUCGCGGAGCAGUUCGCCCAGGCGGUCAACUUCGAGGACUUUGAUGAAGUGGACAACGUUGCAGAAAAUGCAGAGGGUGCAUGCGAGGACCAGCGAGGCGACGCGAAGGAGAUCGAGAUCGAGGCGACGAAGAUCAGGGCGCUUCAGCCGGGCGUCUACGUCCGAGCGGAGAACCUGAAACAAGCCCAGGCUCUCAAUGGUCGCGUGGGUGUCGUGAAGCAAAAGGAUGCAGAUCGAGAGGGGCGAUGGCAGGUGGAGUUUUGGUCUGAAGAUGGCUCCAUUUGUGAAGUGAAUGCCAGCAUCAAGAGUGAAAAUCUGUUCUUAGUCGAGAUCGAGGAAGAUGAGAUGGACAAGGGUGAUGAGGAGCAUGACAUUUUGGUGCCUGGCGCUGAAAUCCAAGUCCACGGACUGCAAUCUGCCGUGUCUCUCAAUGGCCUUUUGGGCAAGCUCUUGUCGUUUGAUGAGACUCUGGGGCGCUGGCAGGUUUUGCUGCACAACGGAGAGUCCAAAGCAAUCAAACCGGACAACUUGCUUCUUCAUCGAGGUUAUGAGACAGAAGAUAUUGAUCUGAGCUUCGACGCAGAUCCCUUAGACGCUACUUCAGCGGGCGUUCAAGCCGAUAUACUUCAGCCGACGGAAGUGGCGCUGGAUUCCAAUGAAUUGGCAGCUGCAAUCUUGGAGGCUGAGCUGGCUGGGGAUGAGGAGACAUUGGCAAGCCUUCAAGCGGAGCUCGCAGCCAGGGAGUCCCGUGGCGACAUGGAGGCCAAAACAUCCUCGUCCUCUUCGUCCUUGGUGAAAGACUCGAUGGAGGUCCCUGUGCAGGUGAUUGGUGCCAUCAUUGGCACUGGCGGUGCUGCCAUCAAGCAGAUGGCGGCCGAGUCAGGUGCCCGAAUGUCUUUUGAACAGGAGGAGUAUCAGCCAGGCUAUUUACCUCUCACUCGUUGCUGCCUCAUCAGUGGUCCAGCAGAUGCAGUGGCGAAGGCCAAGGCACUUUUGCAGGAGGCCGUGUCAGUGGCCAUGGCUGGACAGGCACAAGGGCGCAAAGGCAAAGGUAAAGGCAAAGGCCAACGCAAGGGAACACCCAUGAAUUUGGCGAGCGAUCUCGUUGGUGAAGGUGCCGGUGGACGUGCCGGCUUUCAACAAGGGAUUUGCAAGUGGUACGCCGCGGGCUUUUGCAAGUUCCACUCCGAGACGGGAUGCCGCAAUGGGCUCCACGACACCACUGCAGCGCUCAAGGCUGAAGCGGACUGGGUGGCACAAGGUCCAGCAGAACCAGCUGAGAUGGGUCAGCCUGUGCUUUUGCUCCUUGACUUGGAGGGCGGAGGCAACAAGGAUGGCAGAGACGGUGAAGAUGAGAUCAUUGAGGUGCCGGUCCUGUCCAUGUGCCCGACCACAGGGAAGGAGCUUGGUCGAUUUCAUCGGUUCGUUCGUCCUGGCUAUUGGACCCGAGAGGAGUGGUCAAUGCGAAAUCGCUUCAAUGCCAAUUGCUUUAACAACGGAGCGAAUUCCAUCUCCUUUCCAGAGGUGGUCGAUGACUUGCUGAACUGGUUGCGAGAGCUGCUGAACAAGGAACCCGGAGAGCUCAGGAGCGAAGACUUUCUUUUUGUCACCUGUGGCAACUGGGAUGUGAAGUCCGCGAUCCCAAGGCAAUGUUGCAACCCUGCACCAGGCACUGUUGACCUUUCCCUGCAGAAGUUGCUUUUCUCGCGCUGGAGCAACCUGAAAGAGGUCUUCAGAGACUUCUACAAGCUACCGGUCAAUUCGGCUCCCACCGGUAUGCGUGGCAUGCUCAAGAUGUUAAGGAUACCUCUUUCUGGUCAGCACCACUUGGGAAUGGACGACGUGAGCAAUCUAGCAAAGAUUCUGCAGCGGCUGAUCCACGAGGGAUGCAGCGUAGGGCCUACAGGCCAAGCAAGUCAAGCACCCGUGUGGAACCCGAAAGGUUUGAAAGGGAAAGGGAAAGAUGGAAAAGGUGGAAAAGGCGGAAAAGGCAAAGGCGACAAGGGUAAAGGAAAAGACUUUGGCAAAGACUUCCGCAAGGGGAAGUUCAAAGAGCAGGCAGACCAAGGACUAGGAAGAACCACAAAUGGCCACACGGAGGAGCCUCUGGCAUGGGGCAUUGACGUGCCAGGUGCAGCGGUGCCGCCUGAGGCCGCGGAGGAGCCGAUGAAGCCCAACAGAGAGUUGGAGGAGUUUCUGAAUGGGGCUCCUAUUCCUGGCACCUCCUGGGGUGAAGAAGAAAACGAUGAGCUUGAGAAGGAGCAGGCGACGGACGAUUUGGAAGGCUGCGAAGCAACAACGCUGAUUCCAAAGGUCUCUGAAGCGCCCAGUCACCACCUCAGUUCUCGAAAGCGCGUCCUCAGCGUUUCUAUUCCCAAACCGACGGGGAGACUCAAAGAGUCUGACUCAAAUGACUCUUCAGUGAGGAUGCACCAGAAGCUGAAGGAGACGACCAAGAGCCAGGCACCUCUCCACGUCAUGCUGAAGAACGGCAAGCUGGUGGUUGGGAAGCUUGAGAAGGUGCUUCAAUGCCCCAACGCGCAGAAGCAGGUCCUGCACCGAAGAGACCAGAGCACAGAGCUUGAGCUUCGACCCUGCACCCUCUUGAAGGAUCGAAGAUCAGAAUCCAUCAAGUGUGUGCUGACUGACAAGACCUUGUGCUGCACGCCCUGCCAUUGGGUCUGCGCUUUGCCCAUCUGGAAUAUGACCGCGAAAGGGGGCGAUGCCCAGACGCGGCUCAAUGAACUGCUUGCCAUGGCUGAGAGCUGGCCGUGCGCGAAUCAGCUCGUCUGCCAGCCCAAGACUCACGCAGAAAAGGGAUGGAAAGAGGAGACGGAAAGGGUCAAGCACAAGGUCACUGCCAAGCCCAAGAAGGACGAGGUUCGAGAUUCGAUGGUUUCUGUCUUGACACCUGUGAUGGUGGGUGGCUACCCUACGGGUGUAUUUAUGAUGAUGCCCAUGAGCAACCUGUCUCUGGGCCAGCUCCAAAUCCAGGACUUGUGCAACAUGCAGCAGGCGCAGCAGGCGCAGCAGGCGCAGCAGGCGCAGCAGGUGCAGCAGGCGCCACACGCACCACGUGCACCACAUGCACCAAGUCCAAGCCAACCUUUGGCAGUAGGCCUCCAGAUAGAGGCACAGAGCACAGAGGACCAUCUCAGCACAUCAUCUUUGUCCAGCCCAGAUGCUCAGGUUUGCCCUUUGCCGGCCUCGGAAAAGGCGAACAGUGACGUGUCUAGCACCCGAGCUUCAGACAGCGAGGAGUUCAUGCCCUUGCGCCCCAAGAAAGGCAAGAAGGCAGCUCGACGACCGAAACAACGGGUAGAGACUGAGAGUGAGCUGUCUUCGCCAAGUGCAGAUCUAUCAAGUCCAACGUUCAAGCAUUCUGAGGCCAACAACCCCUUUGCCACGGCGCUGGCAUUGAACCUCGAUAUGCCGAGGCCUUAG